AUGCCCCUGCAAGGACGGCUUAUUAUUUCCACGUUCAAGCUUCGGUCUACACUCUCGUGCCUAGCAAGUAGAGGAACCGGGGUUGCUGGGGUUUUUUCUCCUCGCGGAGGUGCUGUUGCAGCUAGCAAUAGCAAGAUGUCGUCCUCAGCCGUGCUGCACACCAGCACCAGUGUGGAGUCUCUGGGGGCCCUGACCGUCCGAGUUCUGCCUGCGCUCCAGGACAACUACAUGUACCUGGUAGAGGACCCCGUCACGAGAGAGGCCGCCAUAGUAGACCCUGUUGAACCCGAGAAAGUAUUGUCAGCGGUGAAGGAGAGUGGGGUGAACCUCACGACUGUACUAACCACUCACCAUCACUGGGAUCAUGCCAGUGGAAACGAAAAGAUGGCGUCUCUGCUGCCUGGUCUGAAGGUGUGUGGAAAUGACUCUCGAAUCGGAGCUCUCACAGACACUGUCCAACACAACCAAGAGCUAAAGAUUGGUCAACUGACUGUGAGGUGUUUGGAGACUCCGUGCCAUACCUCGGGACACAUCUGCUACUACGUGACCUCUCCUGACCUUUCCAACAAGGUUGUGUUUACAGGAGACACUCUGUUUAUUGGAGGCUGUGGGAAGUUUUUUGAGGGAACUCCCCAGCAGAUGUACUCUGCCCUCUGUGAGGUCCUCUCCUCUCUUCCCCAUGAUACACUGGUGUUCUGUGGCCAUGAGUACACUGUGAGCAACCUGAGGUAUGCCACACACGUCGAGCCACACAACGCGGCCGUUUCAAACAAACUGGAGUGGGCUAAGGGUCAGCGACUGACAAACAUUCCAACAGUCCCUUCCAGCAUUGAGCAAGAACUGACAUUCAACCCUUUCAUGAGAGUCAAGGAGGCUGAUGUGAUGUCACACUGUGGGAAAUCUGACCCCUGUGGAUGUGAUGGGUUGCCUCAGAGAAGAGAAGAACACAUUCAAACCCAAACUGUGACCAACAAUCUUAUAUACACUUUGUCACCAUACAAUUCUGAUAUUACGAAUCAAGAAGAUUGGCAGUUUGUAUAA